AACUGUCCAAAGCUUUGAGCGAAUGGCGGGAUGGUGAAACAACUUGAAAGAUCUUCCACGCCAGUCCCGCAAGAGGCACCUGCACGUGCAGAAGGGACUGGUCAAGAACAAACCGACGAUGAAUGGAUCGAUCUGGGGACAAAGGAGGAAAUAGACAAGAAGAAGCAGCCCAAAAAAGAAAAGAAGAAGACAUCAAAGGGCCUGCUGGGCGGUGCCGCUGAGCUGGUGCCGAUUUUGAUUUUGGGCUACUUUGGAAAGGCGUUCUGGUCCUGGUAUGGCAUGCUGUACCCGAAGUUUCCGGACUUUGACGCCAAUCAUAGAUACUUGGAGAAGUUCCAGAACAGGAUAGAAAGGGGAGAAGCUCUCACACUCGAUGUCUUCAUCAAGGAGAGCAAGUCCCAGCCCAGAAUUGCUCGAGAUGCACCCCCUGAUUGGAGUGUUCAAUUUGAAUACGACGAGGAGGAUUUUCUUCCAUCCUCCAAAUCCUUGCUGGUGAAUAUCUCCUCAAAGAUGCUGAACAAGACAAAGAAUGUCUGGCUGACCGCAAGGUUAAAGACCGAAAAAGGUGAUUUUGUUGCCGAAGCGCACGGAGGAAUGAUCAAGUAUGACAAAAUGAAAGCACAAGCCACAAAGUAUUGGCUGACAUCAGGUGAAGUUUGUGAAGACAAUACAGAGAGGACGUAUGGAACGAAAGAUAAGCCAUUGACUGCAAGAGGAGUACCCAAAAUGCAGGUCAGACUUGUUUAUGACCGUACACACUACCCGCGACCUUGGAAAAACAGUCACUACUAUCCUCCCUUGUAUGUGGAUGAAUUCUGGAUGACCAAUGAUCAGCUCAUCAAGUUUCCAGCCAGUGGAUAUCAUAGCUUUGACGCGGAAAUUCACUUUGGGCUGAUGUCUGCACCCAGAUGGCGAUUUCAGAAUAUGAUGGAUCACAGCAUCAAGAACAUGGCCACUCAGUUCGCAGGUGAAGAUGCAGAAGAGAUCAUGCAAAUCCGGGACUUGUUCGCGAACACAAACUCGUACCUUCUGAUAGUGACCAUGGUGGUGAGCGUUCUGCAUAUGAUCUUUGAGUAUUUGGCCCUGAAGCACGAUGUGCUCUUUUGGCAGAAGACCGAUGCGGAGACGUUGAAGCGAUACGUCUCAUUAAGGGCAAUUUUUUGGGAGAUUUUCUGCAAUGUGGUUCUUUGGAUUUAUUUGUAUGAUCAGGAGACAGGUUGGCUAGUCCUUAUCUUGAUGCUGGGACAGAUCGCAGUCGAUUGCUGGAAGCUGACCCGUGUCAUCGAGGUGAGACUUGAGAGGAACGGCGCGCUGGUCUAUCCAGCUUUCAGAAGCCGUGUUCCCCACUCCAGCUCGGAUGACUACGACAAGAUAGCAUUGCAAUAUCUCUCUUAUAUUUUGGUGCCGAUUAUCCUGGUCUAUUCCAUUUAUUCACUGAAAUUCGAGUGUCACAAGGGCAUCAUUGCGUAUUUGCUGCAUGUAUCUGCAUCUAUGGUUUAUGCGCUGGGCUUUGCGCUCAUGACGCCCCAGCUCUUCAUUAAUUACAGAAUGAAAUCAGUGGCUUAUCUACCAUGGAAGCGAUUCAUCUACAGAGCAAUCAACACGUUCAUAGACGACCUAUUUUCCUUCAUCAUCAAGAUGCCCACUAUGCACAGAAUGUCUUGCUUCCGGGAUGACAUUGUCUUUCUCAUCUACCUCUACCAGAGACACAUAUAUCCCGUGGACAAAGAAAGCCCGGUGCUUUUUUGACUGUAUUGCGCAGUUUUUCACUGUAUCGCUUCAAUGCCGAUUUCCGGUUUCUUGUUGUGCCGCUUCCGAGGAAUGUUUGAUGAAGACUUUACUGAAACUGCUGACGACAAGGUUGAGGACAAAAAAGAUCAAUGAAUGCGACAAAGCGACAGAGUUGGCCUUAGUCCUCGCAGGGUCUUGGACUCUCGAAAUGUCUCGAGAUGUCUCGAGAUGAGUAAAAGACUACAAGACCUCAAGCUCAGCCCCAGGAUUGAGCCGGAAAAAAGGUUUUUGAAUGCUUUCGAAUGUCUUCAGUUUCCAGUUGCGCAUCUCUUU